AUGGAUCAUAUUCCCAACGAGAUUCUGAGCCAUAUUCUCAGCUAUCUUCUCACCGACAGACAAAAGCACCGUCUGCACGAAGACUCAAUCGAUGACAUCUUGCCCGUUCGCCUCAGUGAUCACACUAUCGAACACGACUUUACUUCCUGGCAUCAACUUCUAGAAACAGACUCUAUUAGGGACGCUAUCCGAAGCGUCAACAUCGAAACCGCGCCGUGGGAUUCUCAGUUGCCAGACGGCGGUACCAUUCUUGUUUGGCCGGAUUCUUGGCUCGAAAAUGGUCACUGGCCUGAGUUGGUAUCCGCUAUCAACCGUAUCCGCGACAUGCCAAAUCUCAAUUCCAUCACUUUGCGCUUCUCCUUUUUUUGCGUAAAUGCAUACCAUGACGAUACAGUGUUCCAAGAGCCCUCAGGAACACGCCGAAGGACUCUUGAGAUUGUAUCAGAAGCACUGCGGGAUCGUGAAUCCCAUCCCGGGAGAAGUACCAUUCGAGAGCUAGUCUUGUGCAACCUUGAGGAUACCCCACUGCCAACAGAUCUGACCCACAGUUUAUUACGAAACAUCGACCGACUACACAUGCGCUUCGUUUACGAAGACGAGGAUCAAGAGAGUAACGUGUUCUCAAAAUAUUUGCAAAAGACACUAUUGCCUUCGGUCGCCGAACGGCUGGUUGAGCUGACCCUUGCUGGUUGGCUCUGGGGUGCUAUCCCAGCCGAAUUCAAUCCUAAAGGUCUAUCAUUUCCACGACUUAAACGACUGAAGCUGGAUAAAUACAUCAUUCUUCGACAAGACCAAUUUGAUUGGGUGCUUGACCAGCGGUCCCUUGUUGAUCUUCAGCUCUACAAUACCAGCAUUGCGACACAUUGUGCUUUACUUGCUUCAGAUCAGGACGAUUUUGAAGAAUGGGGCGUCAACCUACAUGGAUGGAAAGAACUGGCAAACAACCACGAAGUGAACGGCCCACCCAUUGGUUCCAUUCUCAACAUGCCACAUUAUGGAGAACUCCGGCCCGGUUGGUAUAUGAGUGACUUGCGAUGGUCCAACAUGUUCGAUCGCAUCCAGCAACAUUUGCCACUGUUGAGAAACUUCACUUUCGAACUUUCAAAGUGGGAAGAUUUCUCAGAACACUAUCCAGGGAGCCCGGGCAUGUACUGUAUGGACGAGAGGUACUGGACUUACGGGGAAGGAGUCUGGUCAACGAUGUGGUAUAAGCCAGCAAGGGAGCAUGAGUGGACAGCGACUUGCUUUUUUGAGGACGACAUGGCAGGAACCCCAGUGGGUUUAUACGAGCGUACUGAAUCAGCUGAUCGACAGGCAUUGGAGAAGUUGAUGGAAGUGACACGCAAGCGACGUGAGGGAAAAUAG